CCGCUCGCAGCGCCGUGCGACUCCGUCCCCAGCGCAGCUCGCGCAGCCCUCGCAGCCAUGUCCAGGCAGGCGCGCCCCGGGCGCGAGGAGAUCAUGGAGUGCCAGGUGAUGUGGGAGCCUGACAGCAAGAGGGACACGCAGAUGGACCGCUUCCGGGCGGCAGUGGGCGCCGCCUGCGGCCUGGCGCUGGAGAGUUAUGACGACCUGUACCACUGGUCAGUGGAGUCGUACUCUGACUUCUGGGCAGAGUUCUGGGAAUUCAGUGGCAUCGUCUUCUCGCGCAUGUACGACGAGGUCGUGGACACGUCGAAAGGGAUCGCGGACGUCCCCGAGUGGUUCAAAGGCAGUCGUCUCAACUACGCAGAGAACCUCCUGAGGCACAAGGAGAACGACAAAGUGGCCCUCUACGUGGCCAGGGAAGGCAAAGAGGAAAUUGUGAAGGUGACUUUUGAAGAGCUGAGGCAACAGGUGGCUUUGUUUGCCGCGGCCAUGAGGAAGAUGGGUGUGAGGCAAGGAGACCGGGUGGUCGGUUACUUGCCCAAUGGCGAGCAUGCGGUGGAGGCCAUGCUGGCCGCAGCGAGCAUUGGUGCCAUCUGGAGCUCCACGUCCCCCGACUUCGGUGUGAACGGCGUCCUGGACCGGUUUUCUCAAAUUCAGCCGAAGCUCAUCUUCUCGGUGGAGGCCGUGAUCUACAAUGGCAAGGAGCACAGCCACCUGGAGAAGCUACAGCGGGUGGUUAAAGGGUUGCCUGACCUGAGAAAGGUGGUGGUGAUCCCUUACAUCUCGCCUCGGGAGCAGAUCGACAUUUCCCGGAUUCCCAAUAGCGUGUUCCUGGAGGACUUUCUGGCGAGCGGGCCCGGCGAGCACGCCCCCCAGCUGGAGUUCGAGCAGCUGCCCUUCAGCCACCCACUGUUCAUCAUGUUCUCCUCGGGCACGACCGGGGCACCCAAGUGCAUGGUACACUCGGCAGGGGGCACGCUCAUCCAGCACCUGAAGGAGCACAUUCUGCAUGGGGACAUGCGCUGCAGUGACGUCCUUCUGUACUACACCACGGUCGGCUGGAUGAUGUGGAACUGGAUGGUGUCCGCUCUGGCCACAGGGGCAUCUGUGGUCUUGUACGAUGGCUCCCCCAUGGUCCCGACGCCCAACGUGCUGUGGGACCUUGUGGACAGGAUAGGCAUCACCAUCCUUGGGACGGGUGCCAAGUGGCUGUCUGUGCUGGAGGAGAAGGACCUGAAGCCGGUGGAAACCCACAGUCUGCAGACGCUGCACACGAUCCUGUCCACGGGCUCCCCGCUGAAGGCCCAGAGCUACGAGUAUGUCUACAGGUGCAUCAAGAGCAGUGUCCUGCUGGGCUCCAUCUCAGGUGGCACUGACAUCAUCUCCUGCUUCAUGGGCCAGAACGUGUCCAUCCCCGUGCACAGGGGUGAGGUGCAGGCCCGGAACCUGGCUAUGGCCGUGGAGGCGUGGAACGAGGAAGGGAAGGCCGUCUGGGGGGAGAGCGGAGAGCUGGUGUGCACCAAGCCCCUGCCCUGCCAGCCCACGCACUUCUGGAACGACGAGAACGGGAGCAAGUACCACAAGGCCUACUUCUCCAGGUUCCCAGGUGUCUGGGCGCAUGGUGACUACUGCAGAAUCAACCCCAGGACCGGGGGCAUCGUCAUGCUUGGCCGCAGCGACGGCACGCUCAACCCCAACGGAGUGCGCUUCGGCAGCUCGGAGAUCUACAACAUCGUGGAAGCCUUCGAGGAGGUGGGGGACAGCCUGUGUGUCCCCCAGUACAACAGGGACGGCGAGGAGAGGGUGAUCCUCUUCCUGAAGAUGGCUCCGGGGCAUGCCUUCCGGCCCGAGCUGGUGAAGCGGGUCCGCGAGGCCAUCCGCCUGGGCUUGUCGGCACGCCACGUGCCCAGCCUCAUCCUGGAGACCCAGGGCAUCCCGUACACGCUCAACGGCAAGAAGGUGGAGGUGGCCGUGAAGCAGAUCCUGGCGGGCCAGGCCGUGGAGCACCGCGGGGCCUUCUCCAACCCCGAGACCCUGGACCUGUACCAGAACAUCCCGGAGCUGCAGGGCUUCUGAGCCGCCUGGGCACGCCGCUCACGGUCAGCAAACUACUCACACACCCACGGCUGUGGGGGGCGUGUGGCCAAGCACUCCCUGGCCUGGGGCAUCGUUUCUGCUUCGGAGUUCAGUCUGGUGCGCAAGGACGGAGCUGACCUUCGGACUGGAAGGCAGGUUGGCCCACUGUGGCCUGUCCCCGAGCGCUGUCUGCACAUGGCCUUGCUCACCCUGCGAGAAGGCCUUGCGGUGCUGGCUGGGCCCAGGUGGCAGCGCCCACCCAAGGAGCGGCAUAGCCCAGCCUGCGAGCCCAUGUCCUGUUCCCCUCUGUGAAGGUCAAACAGUCCCUUCCCAAAGCCUCGACGCCUGGCCCUCCCGCUUUCCUCAGGGCACCUCCACCAUGGGGCACUAGUCCUACCAGGGACACUUGCCUGGCUUGUCACCGUCUUUCCACAGCUGGCCAUUGGGACCCCAGGCCAGGACUCACGCACCGCGUCACACCCCGGCCAAACAGCACCUCCUGGCCCUGGACCGUGGACUUUGAGUGGUUAGGGUGAUUCUGUGUUGGUUAGGGUUCUGAUGGGGACCAUUUGGUGCUGCCUGUGCACCCUGUCACCCUUGGUACCCUGGCGAGCCCUCUAGGCUGCACAGCAGGCAGUGUGGUCACCGUGGUUCUGGCCAGCAGGGCUGCCUGGGCCUCUGGGAAUGGCCUCCUUGCACUUGCUCCACCUGAGAGUCCUCAGGACAUUACUGUUGAAGUCGUGUCACUGGCAUUUGUCAGGGAGUCAUGGGUCUCGGCAGCUGGGCGGGUGGCUUGUGCCUCUGAGGUCAGCAUGCCCGCGGAUGUCAGGAGCCCUGGUGUUGGCCCUGUGGUCAGCGGAGCUGAGCACAGGAGACGCCUCCUCAAGUCCUGUUCUUCUAGGUCAUGAGAACACAGGGGAGCACUGGAGGGUUCAUGCAAUAAAUAACAGUGUGCACCACG